UGGCGGCUGUUCCUGUUGUUUCGACGGGACAUUUGCAUUUCAAUGAUGUCUUUUUAAGUACUUACGGGCACCUGCUUAGUUACGCGAGCCUGACAACACUAUUGAUUAACUCAACAAUGGAAGGAACACCUUCUGGUAUUAAAAGUCGAUACCGUAGGCAAGUAAACAAAGGGGAUCUCGAAAUAGCUCUCUUACAUGUGAAAACUCCGUAUCACAAAGCGAUUUGGACAAGAAAGUCAACAAGCUGUCCUUUCCGUCAAUCUUAUGUACACAACAAUGAGAUUACACGAGAUCUAACAGCUUUGUCUUGCAGUCAAAUAAGCUGAAUAUUGAACUGAAAAAGGCUUUCGUGGUUUUUGCGAUGUAAAAUAGCUAACAAGCUUGAUGACCGCUUGUUUUGAGUAAAAUCACGCGAAUUGCCUAUGGAAAUUUUAAAGCUCUAUUCUUCGUUGCUGAGAGUUGCUGAAAGGGAUCUUUGCUAUUUUGAUAAAGUGGGCAUGAGAAGUUUAUAUAGUUGAGCAUGUCUCAUCACGGCGGAGGACAAAGUUACAGGAAUAACUAUCAUAAACGUCGUGCGUUGCAAAAUGGCGCGCAAAAUGGAGGGCCAUUUCCAGUCGAUAACACCAGCGAUCUAGACGAUAAUAAUAGUAAUAUUAGGUUUCCUGACAUCGACAGAGACCCACGGGAAAGGCGACCUGUGAAAAGGGAUGCUAAAUUAAACAGCCGAAUUCCAUUACCUGCAAGAUCGAAUGAAAUUAACGCGGCCCAUGAGUCAAAUUAUGGUGAACCCCGAGGUCGCCGUAAUUUCAACUCCUCGGCUCCAGAAUAUCCUAUCUCUGUCUCAGAACCGCAAACAGGGAGAGAUCAGCGAAAAAGCAGAGUAAAUGCUGUCAAAAGAGUUACAUUUUAUCGAAAUGGAGAUAAGCAUUUCAAAGGAGUUGAAAUGGUUGUGACCAAGCAACGCUAUCGAUCAUUUGACACCAUUGUGGAGGAUCUUUCGAAAGCGAUUCCACUUCCGUACGGGGUCAGAACGGUGUUUUCUCCCGGCGGAAGCACAGUAGAGUCUAUGAGUCAGUUGGAAGAUGGAAGAUAUUACAUCUGUUCUUCAGGAGAUCAGCUUAUUAAGAACGUUGAUUAUGGUAAAAAACUGAAAGAUAAAGAAAAACCUCGCAGGCUUGAUGGAGAGAGUUCUUCUGAAGCCUCUUCGAUUUCCACCGCCUCAAGUAGAGAUUCGAGAUUUGGCGGGAGUAAUGGUAACACGAAACCGCGAGUUGUGACUGUGAUAAGCGAGUACGAUAAAAACAAGAAAUGCAAGCUUUUAUUGAACAGGAAAACGGUGAAAAGUUACGAGGACGUGUUAAAGGACAUUUCUGACAUGCUGAAGUUUACGGUUCGGGAACUGCGUACGGUAGAUGGCGAUAAGGUAAGCAUUCCAAACUUAUAAACAGAUUCGUCAAACGUUUAUACGAAUCACAUUUUGCGAGAAAAUCAGUAAACUUGUCGGACUUAAUUGAGAUUUUGCUAAAAUAAUUAGCCCCGCAGGCACCUGCCUGUCCUGUUUAGAAAAAAACAAACAAGAAAUAAUCUCGAAAUUGAGCAAAAUUGUAAAUGGACACAUUCUUUCUAUUAUAGAUGUUCUUUAUGUUUAUUCUCGGCUUGAAAAGAACUAAAAGAUAAAAACGUGUUGGAUAUCCGUUUCUUUGAAAAGAUUUCUGAAAAUACACAAGAUUUCGGUGUGCCUGAGACGUGAUCAACUUUUCCUGUAACUAUUUAAUAAUUAAUUAUGUCUUGCUAUUUCAAUUACAUGUCUUUUAGAACUUUCAAGUGAAAUUUAUGUAAAUAUUCUUUCAUAUUCUCCUUUGCUGUGGUAUUUUUCUUAUAAAUGUAAAGUGACCUGCUUGAUCAGUUGUAACAUAAUAGAAAUCCAGAUAUAUAUUAUUAUUUUGAGUUAAAAUUCUUUAUGAUUUGUUCAUAAUUAUGAAUAGUUGGUCUGUAAAUUAUGCACUUCUUACACCAAACAGUGAAGACUUUUAUCAACUAAACUGUAAAAGUAAACAUUAGUUCUCUGCAUUCUGUUUUUACUAUGUACAGUCAGUACAGUUAAUACGGACACUGAGGGGGCCACAGAAAAUGUCUUUAGUAAUGAGAUGUCCAUAUUGAGCUAGUUGAAUUUAGAGAAAAUGUAAAGGGUUUCUUUCCCCUGGGACAAAGCAAGCUGUCCGUAAUAAUGAGGUGUCCAUAGUAAGUGGGUGUCCGUAAAGUGGGGUUUGACAAGCGCGCAAAGAAAGUAGUGUCUGAUAGCCCGGGGCUAGUGGAUUUUGCUAUCCGGCUAGUGAAUUCUGUUUUUAACUUGCCCAACGGGCAAGUGAUAUUUUUUUAGCAAUUUGAAUAACAGAAGAACUGUAAUCAAUCCUGCUCAUCAAAUUUUUUUCGCCCUAAUUGAAACGACUUUCGGGCUAGACAUGCUAGCUACAGCUUGCCCGAAUGGCAAGCUGUAAAACUGACUUUCUUUGCACCCUGGUUGACUGUAUUUAUGUAUUGUAACCAAAGAAACCUUGUAAAAGAAUAAGAAAACAAAGAUAUUCAACAUCAAACCUCUUUAAACAGAUACCAAAGAUACAAAACCCAGUGUCCACUCAGGUGUGCGUAUUACAGUGUGGACACUCAAACCAGGACACUUGGAACAACAUUUUCUGAAAACAAAAGAUUCUCAAUUUUUAUUACUCCAAAUAGACCAAUAAUAGUCAUAAAUUUUAGGGUUGUUUUCUGAGAGGUCAAGUAAGUUCAAACUGUUUUAAUGUUUGCAUAGUUGAACCUUGAAUUUUAUUGGUCCGUUUGCAAAAAACUUGAGAAUCUGUUGUUUUCAGAGAACAUUGUCAUUGGAUAAUCUUCUUCCAAAUGUCCCGGUUUAAGUGUCAGCACGGUAAGCUCACACGUAGUUGUCAUAUGCGACCUAUCUGCAGCUUAGCCAAGGGUACUGCCUGAGAGUUGAGAAUUUGUCCUUUAAGCAGAAAGGUUGCCUUUUGAUGGAUGUGUUCACAAGGAGAGGUUGAGCAAAUAUUUUAGUGCCUGUAGCCAUUUGAUGAGUUUUGAAUUUUAUUCAUUCUUUUCUAGGUGAGAGGCUUGUCCCAGUUAUUUCGAGAAGCAGAAACUUUCAUUGCCUCCAGCACAGAACAGGGCUUCAAAAGAAAUCUAUCAAACCCAUCGUCACUCAGCAGCAAUGGCCAUUCAGCAUCACCUCCUCAAAAGGCGCGUACCCAAAAACCCAGAAAAAAACCUAGAGAUGAAUCUACAGGUAUGAGCUAUUUAACUCUUUAUAAACUGUAGAUAAAUUGGUCUCAGAAAAUAGCUGACAUUUCACUGGUUUUUCCCGCGAAAUGAUGUCUGAGAAGCAAGCACAGAGAUUCUGGAUCAUUAGACAUUUCUGGGAAACUGCCCACCUACCCCUCCCCUAAGCCAACAUUUUUCCUUAAGUGAGAAGUAAGUGCUAAUGUUGGCUUAGGGGAGGGGUAGGUAGGCAGUUCCCCAGAAACGUAUAAUGAUCUAAAUUCCAUACUGGUGAUGUGUCACUACCCAGAUCUGGGUAGUACGUCUAAUAAUAUUAGUUGUAGCUUGAAGUUUCCUUCGUGAUACGAACAAUUAGAAGCACUACCCAGAUCUGGUUAGUGACACAUCAUCAGUAUGGAAUUUCUGCUCUUGUUCCUCAGCCUUCAUUUUGCCGUGAAACCAGUGGUGGUGUCAUAAAAUGUCAGCGGUUUCUCAGGCUAUACUUGUAUGGCCUUGCAGGAUAAAAAGGAAAACUUCUAUAAAAUUAAUGAUAUUUUAGCCUAAAAUAAAAGUUAAUGUUGGCUCAUAUUGUUCAUGGCUCAUAUCAGUGAAUGUUGAAAUGUGAAGUGUAUUUACAUACUGAAUUUUGUGUUUAUUAACUUUCAGUUCAAAGCCAGACUGUUACCAUUAAAGUGAAAGGACAAGUGCAUACUUAUCAGCACACUUCAGAGAUGGAUAACUACACAAUUGACGACACACCAGUGUCACCUCCAGACUCCAGGCUUCAGAUGUCCUGGGUGUAUCUUUUAACUUCUCUUUACCAAGAAUAGCUCAUAAACUUGUAGUGUACAACAAUAAAACCUUGUAGUGAAAUAUGUUUUUUUGAACCAAGGAAUCAUGUCAAAUAUUGGUGGAAUAUGAUCUUCAAUCUGGGUGAGGGUAGUCCUGAAUAAAUGAUGUUGUCGAUGGAGACUGAUCUUGCGACAAACUGUGUUGUAGUUCUCAUCAGUUUAAAUAUGAGUCAAUAAUAAUAAAUCGAUCUAAUGGCUUUUAGUUUUCCUAAUAACCAUGUAGUUUCCUUGACAUGAUGAUAUUAAUAGAUAUGGUUACCAUGGUAAAGACACUUUUAACAAUUUGCACACUUUGCCGUCAGGAGAGAUACUGUAUUUUGUUUCCACAAUGGCUGUCAUUUACAACAAGGAGACAAACAAUCAGCGGCAUUACACAGGCCAUGCAGAUGAUAUUAAAUGGUAUGAUUCAUGCAUUUAUUUUUAAUAAAUUAUGCUGUUCAUUCUUUGAUACUGAAUGUAAUUACCAGUAUGGAGGCUGCGUGGCCAGCGUGUUGAACUUGCAAUCCAGCAGUCCCAGAUUCACAUUCUACUCUGGCCACUUGCUGGACUUGUUCUCGGUCUUCCCGAGUUCAAAUCCACGGCCACGCUCUUAAUCAGUCAACCUGUUGGCUCCUGUGAGGUGGGGGUUGUAAUCCUGUUAUGUUUUAUUAAUUUGGAUUCUUUGUUUCAGAAUUAUUUUAGUGAAGUGCCUGUAAGUAGCUGGAUAAGCUAAGUGCACUUUCCAAUAUAAACAAACAUUUAAUCUUUGAACAAUGUUAAUACAAGGCUUAUUGUUCUCUUUUGCAGCAUGGCCAUUCAUCCAAACCAGUGGUACAUAGCAACAGGCCAAGCGUCUGGUCUGUCUGUCGACCAAAAUGAACUUGUAAGUCACCUUCUUUUGGA